AGGAAAAAGAAAAAGACAUUCAUUGAUAUUGAAUGUUUCACCAAACUCAAAAAAACUCACCGUCCUUUUACAUUUAUCUCUUUCUCUCUCCUAAAUCUCCUUGUAUUCUCUUUUCUCUCUCUUCUCACAGGAAUGGAAUUCAAAGAACACCCAGAAACUAAUUCUGUUUCCGGCGAAGAUUUGUUCGUCGACCAGUUAUUAAACCUAAACAACGAAGAAGAAGAAGAAGAUGGUGGAGCUGAGCUUGAACCUGAAAAUCGACCAAAUAUCAUCGUUGUUGAAGAUGAAGAGGAUAAUAACUCCUGCAAAUUCUCCCCUCUUCUCUCUCCUCCGUUGGAAUCCGUUCUUUCGGUGCCGGAAGAAGAAGCGGACCUGGAAUGGCUAUCUCAUUUCGUUGAAGAGUCAUUCUCCCAAAUUUCAACACCUUAUCCACCCGGGUUAUUACAACCUAACCCGAAACCCGGAAAUCAACCCACGCCAGCGAACCUCAGCAAGUCACGGAGAAGCAAACGGGUCAGAACUGGAGCGGGAGGUCGGGUUUGGUCUACUUCCGGGUCGGACACUUUCUCGCCUUAUUCUACUCCUCUGUGCUGUCCUUCCAGCUCGGGAAUUGGCCCGCCCAAGAAGCGGAGGAAGAAGGAAAAUGGGACCGUGUCAGGUGGCGGUAGCGGUGGUGGUGGUGGGCUGCCGUGUAUGCCGAGGAGGUGUAGUCACUGUGGGGUCCAAAAAACACCACAGUGGCGGGCCGGGCCCGAGGGGGCGAAGACGCUGUGCAAUGCAUGUGGAGUGAGGUUCAAGUCGGGCCGACUACUACCAGAAUAUAGGCCCGCUUGUAGCCCGACUUUCUCCAGUGAGCUUCACUCUAGCAGCCACCGGAAAGUGUUGGAGAUGAGGAAGAAGAAAGAAACGGGUCAACCCGAUUCGGUUUCCGGUUUCCAUCUUCUGGUUUCCGGUUUCGGAUAGUAUGGCUUUUUUACCUUUUUGCCCAGAGAAUUCUAAUUAUCAUGGUUAUGUUGGUGAAUUAGCUGGUAAUUAAGUAGUGUUUUGUUGGUUAAUUACGUAGUUAGUGUUGGGUUUAGGUAGGAUUAGUGGAGUUUUUUUCGAUAAACUGGAGGAAUUAUGUGGCAGGUUAGAGUACGAAUGUAGUAUUCGGUACGUUAUUUAGGAGUGUAAAUUUGAAAUCAAUUUCUAUUUUCAAGACUAGAAAUUUUAAGUUUAGCAAGCAAAAAAUUAUGAUGGAGUUCCUAUACAAAUUAAUGGAUUACAUAAACUUAUAUAAGAAGGUGUUAUGUAUUAUGCCAACUUAGUAUCAAAUACGGAGUAGUAGUGUUUUUUAAUCUAAUAGUUACGCACUGGGGAGUCCGGAUCCUCUAGAGUUUUAAUAAAACUCUACAAGGUAAAAUUGUAUCUAAAUCAUACAUUUCAAAAUCAAUGGUUUAUAGUGAUGAGAAAAAAUAGGGGUAAUUUUGGAAAGAUAAUAUAUCAACCAUUGAUUUUUCAUUCAAUGGUUGAUAUGCUCAAACUCUACUUUGUAGAGUUAUUUUAAAACUCUAGAGGAUCCAAAACCGGGAUAGCAUAGGUUAAUCAAAUAAUUAAACUUUCUAAUCAAUUGGUCAUAGUUUUUUACUUUAAUAGUUACAUUUUAUCAUCGUAUAUUUUUGUUUUUUUAAUGCUGAUAUCAGCGGUCUGACGGUCUCACAUGAGAUUUACUCUUAAUGGAUUACGAUGUCCCCAAUCUGAUGAAAAUUUUCAAUUAUAGUAAUAGUCUUACAUGUUAGGAAGUUAAAUCGUGUAAUUAAUUUCAAUUAUAGUAGUAGUCUUGCAUGUUAGGAAGCUAAA